AUAAAAUCGACUCCAUUACACUCGCUGUUAUGUUCAAUUCACUCUUUAAAGUGACACCGAAAGAGCAUUGCUGGUAGUGUAACAUAAACCGCCGCGUUGAUAACACUUUAUUUAUUAAUUAAUAUAGUAAUAAAACCUUUUUCGAACAACCUACAUGACUGUGACGAGGGAAUCAAAAAGUUAAAAGAAAUAAAAAAAAUAAAGAAAAUUAUUUCGAUAUUCGAAUUUUAAAAGUUGGUGCAAAAUUGGCGGCAAUAUGAAAUCUAAUUUUAAUCUAAGCAGGACGACUUUUUACGUGAAUGUGUUAUUGUUUUGUGCUAGUGCAAGAAAUGUUGGUGAAACCAAACGAUCAUUACCUGUAACAUCAUUUGACGAGAAAAACAAAGAUCAUUGGCACAUUCAAGCACAAUGGACCCUCAAAAACAAGGUAUCAGCUCCUCUGAAAACCGGCCUCGCAAAAAACGUAAUCUUGUUCAUCGGUGAUGGAAUGAGUAUCACCACCCUGGCUGCGACAAGGUCGUACUUGGGACAAAGGUAUGGCCGGCAAGGGGAGGAGCUGAAACUCAGCUUCGAAGCUUUCCCAUACACCGGACUUUCAAAGCCUUACUGCGUUGAUCAGAACGUGGCUGAUUCCGCGUGCAGCGCCACAGCGUACCUCAGCGGGGUGAAGGCCAACUAUGGGACCGUUGGCCUCAGUGCUGCUGUUAAGAAGGGAGACUGCGAGGGCCAAAAGCAAGGCACCCACUCCGUUACUGGCCUAACAGAUUGGGCGCAAAAGGCUGGCAAAAAAACCGGUGUGGUGACCACAACGCGAGUGACCCACGCCACCCCGUCGGCUGCGUACGCCCACUCGGCUGACAGGAAGUGGGAGUCGGACACCAACUUACCCAAACACGGGCCUAGGUGCGAAGACAUCGCGACCCAGCUGGUUCGAGGGGCUGUAGGAAGUAAAAUCAAUGUUAUCUUCGGUGGUGGUAGAAGAAAUUUCUUGCCAAGAACAGAGAAAGAUAGCGAAGGUUUCAGAGGACACAGAAGCGAUGGCAAUAAUCUCAUUAAAGAGUGGCUCAAUAAGAAGGCAUCGUAUGGAGUUCCAGCUAAAUAUAUCCAGAAUCGUUUAGAGCUACUGACCUUGAAAAAUUCUGACUCGGACGUGCUAGGUCUGUUCUCACCAGACCAUAUGCCUUACCAUCUCGAAGCGGGAGAGGACGAUCCAACCUUGAGCGAAAUGACAGAGAAAGCGAUAGAGAUACUAUCGCGAAACAAAAACGGUUUCUUUUUGCUCGUCGAAGGGGGUAGAAUAGACACAGCUCAUCACGAGGCCAAGGCUCGGAAAGCUUUAGACGAAACAGCCGAAUUGGCCAAAGCCGUGGAAGCCGCUUUGCUCGCAGUGGACCCUGAGGAGACCCUCAUAGUGGUCACUUCUGAUCACAGCCACACAAUGACUUAUAGUGGUUACAGUAAACGAGGCACCGAUAUUUUAGGAUUUACCAAUAAGGCGAAUGCAACGGACAGUUUGCCUUACACGAUACUGAGUUACGCUAACGGCCCUGGAUACCGGCCGGAUAGACAGAACAUACUCCUGGAUGAUAUAAAUAACUUGAACUACUCAUACCCAUCAUCCGUCCCAAUGGUACGAGAGACCCACGGCGGUGAGGACGUGGCAGUAUUUGCAAAGGGUCCAUGGGCCCACAUAUUCUCAGGGAACUACGAACAGAACUACAUACCGCAUGCUAUAGCAUACGCGUCCUGCAUUGGGCCUGGAUUCACGUAUUGCAAAGUAUGAUCAAGAACAGAUAUGGAGACUAGUUCCAAUGAAAGUGAAAAAACUUUUCGGAAUUAAAUACCAAAAGGUGGAUUUUAGUGAUGAAUUUAACAUUAUAAGUGACUUAAUUGUGUUUUUCGUGUUAGUACGUCGGCGUAAAUUAUUGCAUAGUUUGUAAGUUAGGGUUACUAUUAGAGACCUUAUGUAUUAUUUCAGUUUGAACAAAGUUGACCCUAUGAUAUCGCAAAUGAGUAAAAAAACGCAUUUGCUUUGUAUAAAGGCACAUUGUUAAUAUUUAUAAGGAAAAACCAAUUACAAAAUCAAUUCCACGUGUAAUACAAUACUAUACCAGUACGUUCGGUUCUGUAACAUGCAAUAUAUUUUACUGUCGAAUUUCAUCUUUCGAUUGCUGGCUCAACAGAUAUUGCGGCAUUUUGCCAGGUAAUGACGUAAUGCAUAUUAUUUUACUUUAAUAUUAAUUAUAAUUAGGAUAUUUUAGACAUUUUGAGCUAGCGAACUCGACAGUGAGAUUUUGGUUUACAGAUUUAUUUAUAAGUAAUACAGUAUUCAAUGUGAAGCGAAGUAUUAAAUGGAGAUAAAAGUUGACAGACGAAAGAGAAUAUUUCUUAAUUAGAUUUUUUGUUGAGGUCUUGAUUGUAGUAGUUUUUCUAAACUGACAGUUACAGAGCAAAAUGUUAUAGGCGAGCGUAAAAAAUGAUUUAGUCUUUUUCACGUAAAAGACGGUAGCAUAACUUGAAAGUGCGAUCGUUAAAUAAAGAAUAUUGACCACAGAUAUAUAUUGAAUGAACUGAGUGUGAUAUGUAAUUUCGUCUUUCCCACAUUUAUCUGCAUAUAAAACUAGGCAUAUAAAUGUGUGAGAAUGACAAAGUGAUCGUGCAGCGAAUAAAUAGUUCGUAAAAAUAAUAAAUAAAUAAAUAAUAACUAAAUAUUUUCAACACUCACACCAAUUAGCCUAGCCCCAAAAUAAGCACAAUAAGGUUUGUGUUACGGGAUACCAGGGUAACGGAUAGAAUACAUAUACUGUUCAUAUUUAUGUAUAUUUUUAUA